AACGUUUGCUCACUUUCUUUCGUUUCUGAGGUAAAUGUGUUUGGUUUGAAGAAACCAGCUGUUUCUCUCUAACUGCGUUGCAUUUCAACAACUGUAGGAGAUGCAUCAGUCAGUGUGUCUGAAGAGUUUGCUCCUGUUGCUGGUGGGAACACAGGUGUACACACAGGAGCAGUGCUUAAAAGCUUCAGUAAACACAUGUGGAGACUGCAUCAAGUCUGGGCCAGGCUGUGCAUGGUGUAAAGAUUUGAAUUUCACCAAGACUGGCGAGCAGGAAGCAGCACGUUGUGACACCGUUAGGUUGCUUUUAGAGAGAGGGUGUAACGAAGAAAACAUCAUAAAUCCUCAAAACAUUUUUGAAGAUGUUUUGAACAAGCAACUGGCUCCUGGUAAAGAACCAGUGCAAAUCCAACCACAAGAAAUAAAACUCAAUCUUAGACCAGGCAUGCCCCAAACUUUUCAACUACGUUUUAAAAGAGCAAAAGGCUAUCCUGUAGAUCUUUACUACCUAAUGGAUCUCUCGUAUUCUAUGAAAGACGAUUUGGAGAAUGUAAAAAGGCUGGGAAAUGAUUUACUUAGUGAGCUCACUACAAUCACCGGUUUUGCCAGAAUAGGAUUCGGUUCGUUUGUUGACAAAACGCUUCUUCCAUACACCGACACCAAUGAAGCAAAGCUCAAACACCCCUGCUCGGAUAAAAAUGAACCAUGUCAGCCAGCAUUUGGCUUUCAGCAUGUACUUUCACUAACAGCAAAUGGAAACGAGUUCAAAAAUUUGGUAAACCAGCAGCAUAUAUCUGGAAACCUGGACCCUCCAGAGGGAAGCCUGGAUGCCAUCAUGCAAGCUGCCGUCUGCCUGAAAGAGAUUGGUUGGGGAAACAGCACUCGGCUGCUGGUGUUGGCCACUGAUGACGGCUUCCACAUGGCAGGAGAUGGAAAACUCGCUGCCAUUCUGGAACCAAACAAUGAAACCUGUCAGCUGGUCAACAACAAGUACAGCAAGAGCAACAUAUGGGACUACCCAUCUGUCGGACAGGUUGCUCGCAAACUGGAGGAGCAAAACAUACAACCAAUUUUUGCCGUCACAAAAAAAAUGGAAACUGUUUACACAGAGCUGAGCAAACUGAUCCCCAAAUCUGCAGUCGGAGUCCUUUCUGAAGACUCCAACAAUGUUGUCAACCUAAUUGUGGAAGCAUACAAUAACUUAACCUCUGAAGUGAUCAUGGCCCAUGAUGCCCUCCCGAACUUCAUAUCUGUGAAAUAUGCAUCACAAUGUACCGGUGGAAAAACCCCCAGUGAUGAUGGGAAGUGUGAUAAUGUGACAAUUGGACAGGAGGUGAUUUUUGAUGUGACGGUGACAGUGGACAGAUGCAUCAAAGAUCAGAGCUUCUCCAUCGGGCCAUUGGGCUUUAAUGAAAAGCUGAAGGUGAACGUUCAGACUCUCUGCGAAUGUGAUUGUGGUGAUCCCCCUGGACGACAUUCUCACUGUAAAGGACAGGGUGAAGUUGUCUGCGGCAGCUGCAAGUGUGAUUCUGGUUUCAUAGGACAGCUUUGUGAAUGCACAAUAGGUAAAAAAGACGAGGCCUCAUUUAAAGCCCAGUGCCGGAAAGACAAUGGCACUGAAUGUGAAGGAAAAGGAGACUGUGUGUGUGGACGGUGUCAGUGCCAUUUGACAGAGGGUAACGGACAUUUCUAUGGCGAACACUGUGAAUGCGACGAUGAACACUGUGAAAAGUUUGACAAUAAACAGUGUGCAGGUCAUGGCAAGUGCAAAUGUGGCAAAUGUGAGUGUGAUGAAGGCUAUGAAGGAACAGCUUGUCACUGUGCUAAAUCCGACAAUGAAUGCAAGAUUGAAGGAUAUGUUUGUUAUAACCGCGGUACAUGUGAAUGUAACCAGUGCAAAUGUGAAAGGGGAUACAAGGGGCUCUACUGCAAAACCUGUCCUACAUGUCAACGUCCGUGUCAAGAGUCAGGGAGCUGUGUUGAAUGUUUGGCCUUUGGGACUGGACCGUUUGAAAAGAACUGCAGUUUAGCCUGUAAACAUCUGAAUUUUAAGACCGUUGAAAAACUGGUCAAGAGUGAUUGCAGAGUCAAAGAUAAAGAGGGCUGCUGGAUGGCUUUUACAAUGACAGAAGAACCUGGAUUUGACCGCUACUUUGUCAGUGUCCUUAAAGACAGAGAAUGUCCCGAGGGGCCAAACAUUAUAGCCAUUGUCGGAGGAUCUCUGGCUGGAGUGGCAUUGAUUGGUCUCCUGAUGCUCCUCAUCAUCAAGGGUGUUUUGUAUGCAAGCGACCUUAGAGAAUGGAGGAGAUUUGAAAAAGACAGAAAACACGAAAAGACUUCUGGUACCAAUCCAUUAUUCCAGAAUGCCACAACCACUGUUCAAAACCCAACAUUUUCUGGAGAUUCAUGAGAAAAUUUGGUUUGAAGCACAGUGUGGAUGUGUAUUAAUUAUUAAUUCACCAGGCAGAUAAAGAAUUAUGCAACUAAAUAUCCUUUUUAACAUUGAAAGUUUGUGCGUUUGUCAAAUCGUUUACAUUUUAGAAGCUCUCUGUGAGUUAAUAUUCUAUGUUUCAGAGUCCAUCUAUAUUCAGAUGUAUGAAAAUGAUGUGAUUGUUAUGUAAUGCUUGUGUAUUGCAUUUUACAGAUUCUUUGUUAUGAAACUAUUACUUAAUUAACAUAUGUUAGCUUUCCAUGUUAUUAAAAUUGAGAACUGAUCAUUUGCUUAGCUUUGCAUUGUAACCUGCCUAUUGGGCUUUCAAUGUUAAUAACAUCUAACUUAUGUGUAACUUAUGCCUCUCAAGAAUAAGCAUUUGUAUUAACACAGGCUUAUUGGGAAUAUGUGCUCAGGGCUAUAUUUUUGAGAAACAAGAAAUAUGUGUCCGGGGGAUCAACUCAUGUGACUGGUACCUCGGUACUAAUGGGACGGACCUGGGUCUGUUAAAAGAAACCAGGUAAGGAAUACAAAAUAAAUAGCAGUGUGGAAUCUUGGUAAAAGCAUGCAGAAGUGACUCUAGUUUGCUUUUGAAAACACUAUUGGUUGGGUUUAGGGAUUUAGGGUGUAGUGUGUGGGUGAGUUGAUAUCAAGCUGGUAUGCAUGACCAGAUUCUCUCAUGGAUGUGCACGAAAAGGACGUUGAUAUUGACAAAAAAACACUGUGGUGGAUUUACAAGAAAUUAGCAUAUGAGAAAAUGUGCACCAGUAACAUAUUUGAGAACAUAUUGCAUACUGUAGUGGAUGGGUGAAAACAAAAACUGCAAGCAGACGUAGCGCAGGGUACAUCUUUCUCUGUUCUCAAUAAUGUAGCCCUGGACACAUAUUUACAAUGAGCCUGGGUUGAUUUGUAUAUAAGAGCUGUGUAAUGUAUUAAAUAUUAGUAAAGUUGAUUUUACGACUGCAUUUUGCAGGAAUUCCCUUGUGGACUAUCCGUGUAGUACUUGUAUGCCAAAAAGGUUUUAUUGUAUUUGCAAAUUUUGCGUAAAGUUUGAUUUC